UCAAGUCCAUGCAGUCCCAUCCUGACCUGCAAGCCCCAAAGAGGAUACAGAAACACCCUUGAAAAUAUCAGCAAAACAAACUUUCUGUCCGUAUUCCGGCCACACUGCUGCCCCCUCCCCUUACCCCCCAUCCCCACUUCCACCUCACUUGGACUAUAUUUUUUUCUUCAGGACGAGAGGCUCCAGCUGAAUCAAAUCACACUCCGAGUUCCUGGAGGUGAUCUCUCACUUUUUCUUGGGUGGUGGUUUUGUGUUCGGGUCUCAGUGUCGGUGUGGAUGCGCAGAGAGAUCCAGGUUUGCUGGUUCCGUGUAUGGAAGUUGUGGGCUGCAAAACAGAGGCUGGAAGUUGCACGUUGCGCCCAGGACAGGGAGCCAUGCUUUUCCACGGGAUCUCCGGGGACCACAUCCAGGGCAUCAUGGAGGAGAUGGAGAGGCGCUCCAAGUCCGAAUCCCGGCUCGCAAAAGGGAUGCAGCUCAACGGCAGAGAGGCGACUCUGCCUUCCAUGAGCCCUGACAAGGCGGCUCUGUGCGCCGGCUGCGGGGGCAAGAUCUCGGACAGAUAUUACCUGCUGGCCGUGGACAAGCAGUGGCAUCUCCGCUGCCUCAAGUGCUGUGAAUGUAAACUCGCUCUGGAGUCCGAACUGACGUGUUUUGCUAAAGACGGAAGCAUCUACUGCAAAGAGGAUUAUUACAGAAGGUUCUCGGUGCAGAGGUGCGCGCGCUGCCACCUCGGGAUCUCGGCCUCGGAGAUGGUGAUGAGAGCGCGCGACUCCGUCUAUCACCUGAGCUGCUUCACCUGCACGACCUGCAACAAGACGCUGACCACCGGCGACCACUUCGGCAUGAAGGACAGUCUGGUCUACUGUCGACUGCACUUCGAGAGCUUGGUGCAGGGCCCGGACUACCACCCGCAACUGAACUUUGCCGAGCUGGCGGCUAAAGGCGGCGGCCUCACUCUGCCGUACUUCAACGGCUCCGGGGGCGCACAGAAAGGGAGGCCGCGAAAGAGGAAGAGUCCUGCCAUGGGGAUGGAUAUACCCAGCUACAACGCAGGCUGCAACGAGAACGACACUGAUCACUUAGACCGAGACCAGCAGUCCUACGCUCCCACACAGAAGACCAAGCGCAUGCGUACGUCUUUCAAACAUCACCAGCUGCGGACAAUGAAAUCCUACUUUGCUAUCAACCACAACCCUGAUGCCAAGGACUUAAAGCAGCUGGCCCAAAAGACGGGUCUAACUAAAAGAGUUUUACAGGUUUGGUUCCAAAACGCAAGAGCCAAAUUCAGAAGGAACGUUUUACGGCAGGAGAAUGGAGGUGUUGAUAAGGCCGACGGCACCUCACUUCCUCCACCCUCAUCUGACAGUGGGGCCAUGACCCCCCCCUCCAGCGCAGCCACACUAACUGACCUGACAAACCCCUCAAUCACUGUAGUGACCUCUGUCACAUCUAGUUUGGACAGCCAUGAUUCGGGGAGCCCUUCGCAAACUACCUUGACAAACCUUUUCUAACAAGACAUUGGACUGAUCCUGUUAUUUUUGCUUUUGCUAGUUUCAUUUUAAGUGACGCCUUUAAAUCCAACCAGAGACUACUCCUCGAAACAUGAAACACUACACCCACCUGAAAGGAAUAAUUUAAAUUUGCUCAAAUUGGCAGCAAAAUAAUUUCAACACAGAUGUUUGAAAAUCUGAAAUUUUCACUUAAGAAUAACUCAACGCCUGACUGUUUUACUUGAUUUGUAUAUUUGUAUGUUAAAAUAAAUAAGCCCUCUUUAAUUUAUGUUUCAUUGGUAAUUUGUAGAUUUUUUUUAUUUUCCAAAUUUGACCUGUACAUGUCUGCACUGUGUUUGCACUAUUCCAUUUAAGUAUAACUUUUGAUCUUUUUGGAAAUAAUUUUGGGAAAUAAACUUGUAGAAUGUUCUGUAUGUGGGUAACUCCAGAAAACAGACUUCAAUUCUUUCACCGAAUGUUUCAGUCCCGGAGACUGAGUUGGAUGGAGUCAGACUUUGGAAUAUCUCACAUGUGAUUAUACAGGAGUCAGGUAGAUGAAGGGGAAAAGUACUUUAUGUCGUGAUUCAAAUUGCCACCAUGACUCACACAGUCAGCGUCUGAUAGGUAGAAAUCCACACCGACCCUUGGGUUUUAGAGCAUUUUGUGAUCAACUGACAGCUACGUUCACAUUAUGUUAACCUGAGUCGACUUAAAACUUUCAUUGAUCUAAUGGGCUAAAAUUACUAUUAUAGGAAACAUCCUGUGUCACUUUGUGCUCAUCACUGAAUUUUUAUGGAACCUUAAAAUCAAAUUAAAUUUCGAUGUUUUCAGUCAGUUCAUGAAUAUUUGAAGUAAUGAGCAUGCUGGCAUGAAAACAAUAUAGACGUGCUUUUUCCCAAUUCUUAUUCAUUCCACCAUGACAAGAUUACUCAGAUUGGGAUAAAAGUCAAACCAACUUGUCAGAUUUCAGCUGCAGCAGCUCUUUGGUUGCUUUCGUGGAAAUAAUGAGACUAGUUCUAUUUGUGCGGAAAAAAAUAGACAUUGUGAAGUUCUCAAAAUAGCAUGAACCCAAAGAGGAAAUGUUAUCCUCACAUCUGAUCACAGCACAGCCAGACAUUGUUUUGGUAGAAUGUGCUUAUGUGUGAAACACUGCUUCUUUAGUUAAUCAACUCAUUCAUUCAUGUAUUCAUUCAUCAUCAACUUGUUGCCAGUUGAAAAGAGGCUUUUGCCCAGCCACUGCGAAAUCCAUCAUUCUGAGAUUCCCCUCUACAUCUUUUGUAGAAAAUGAUGCACCUUUUACACGUUGUUGAUGAAACCUAAAUAUCACUAUUUUUUUGUCUCAAAAGUCCCGUAAUGAUUGGAAUGCAUUUCAUAUCCUCUCUUAAGAAUAGCAAUCAAUACAUGAGCACGAGCUGUUAAUUGUAGUAAACCGUUUUAAAGCACAACGUUGCACAGUGAAGCCGACAUGUAGUGUGAACGUAACUAUCAGACACGCUUGAUCGCAGAAACCCCAAUCACCCGCAGCGGCCACUGAAAAGUGCAUUAUUGUUUUUAACUUGUUGCUCAGGGUAACAAAGUGAUUUGCUUUCUGAAGGGAGGGGGUGAAUGACUUUAAACGGUUGAUCGACAGAGCUAGUAAGAGGAGCAUAGGUGGAGUUUAGAAAGCGUGACAUCACUAUCAUCUUCUGUUUUUCGGACAUUCUUAUCAUUUUUGAAUACUCAACACCAAAAGUGAGAAAAAAAAAAUCUUAAACGGAGCGGUCAUUCAUUACGAGGGUCACAAAUUUGUUCUGUGUCGGGACAAAGUGGUUCUCUAGAUCUACUUGAUGAGGUAGACGCCUAACUCAGUUCUACUAUGUGCCUUAUACUAUAACUUGGAAGAAAGGUUUGUGAAAUUCAGGAUCCAUGUGUUCUCUGUCAACUGAUCCUUUUGAUGCCUCACUAGUUUUGUACUGUUUUGCAUCUUAUUUUUGAAGAUCUUUCUAUGGUGUGAUUCUGUUUUGAAAAUAAAAAGGGGUUGGAGGGGUGAUGUUGGGGGCAGCGAUGGCAUAGAAAGCGUUUGUGCACUCUUUCAGAUAUAGUUGGGUAAUCCAAGAACCUUAUAUAUUGAUCUUCGUGUUAAUAGUUGAGUACAGUAAGUGUUCUAUCAAGAUUGUCCAUGUUUCCCUGUUUCUUGAUAAAGAUGGUGUAUAGAAGCUAUUUCCCCUUAAAUAUUUAUGGACCAAACGGUUGUUAUAUAUCUUAUUAAAUUUGUGUGAAUAAAAAAAAAUACUUUGCUUUAAAAGGUUUUUUAUUUGUCAUUACCAUUUUUCUUGUGUUCCUUUUUGAAUACUACUUUUCUUUUCCCAUCAACAAACGAGAAGAGAUGAGCCGUCCCUCAUGUUUUUUUUUGUUUUUUUUUUGCCUCCAUUUUUAAUUUUAUGAUGUUUAACGUAAUGCCCCAUGGAUUUGCAUCUAAACCCUGCAGACAGAAGAUUGCUUUUUUAAUGCAUGACCGUGGCUUUAAAUUUUAGCUCAGGGGAAUGUUGCAAAGCACAUAUUGAUAGCUAUUGUUCUCCAUUUAUGUUUGACUUAAUCCUAAAAUGAAGUCCGAUUAAAUGCAGACCUCAUAAAGCCAGGUUGCUCUGUAGUUAAUAUAUUCUUACUC